AAAAGGGUUCCGGUGAGGCUUACUGCGCCGGCGCGCGGGCUCGAGCGGUUAAAGACCUUUUCGGUGUUCGAGUAUCUGGAUUUGCUCCCUCGGCCUGCCCGGUUAGAAGUCCCUUCAGCAAGGACCAAGGAGACUGCCUCCUCCUAAAGAUCGUUUUCCUCCGGCUCCGAAGCCUCUCGGCGCCCGGCUUUGGCCCUUGCCCUUUGACCCCGUGGCGGCGGGGUGAGAGGUCGGGUGGCCAUCUUGUGGCGGCGGCGCGGGCGGCUGUUACUGCGGAGACCUGUCCCCUCCCCCACCUGGUACCCCUAGCUGUCUGUCAGUCGGCAAGGAGCCCUGCAGCCUGUCAGCGGAGGCCUGGGCCGAGUGCGGUCGCUUUCCCCGUCUCAUCGGACGGCCCAGGCUGCUCCUCACCACCGCCACCAUGUCCUCCUUCUCGGAGUCGGCGCUGGAAAAGAAGCUCUCAGAGCUUAGCAACUCUCAGCAGAGUGUGCAGACCCUAUCCCUGUGGCUCAUCCACCACCGCAAGCACGCAGGACCCAUCGUCUCCGUGUGGCACCGCGAGCUCCGCAAAGCCAAAUCAAAUAGAAAGCUUACUUUUCUGUACUUAGCAAAUGAUGUCAUCCAAAACAGUAAAAGGAAAGGACCUGAGUUCACGAGAGAAUUUGAAUCUGUCCUUGUGGAUGCUUUUUCUCAUGUUGCCAGAGAGGCAGAUGACGGCUGUAAAAAACCUUUAGAGAGAUUGCUGAACAUCUGGCAAGAACGGAGUGUGUACGGCGGCGAGUUCAUACAGCAGCUGAAGCUGUCUAUGGAGGACUCCAGGAGCCCUCCCCCAAAAGCAGCAGAAGAGAAGAAGUCUCUAAAACGAACUUUUCAGCAGAUACAAGAGGAGGAAGAUGAUGACUACCCUGGAAGCUACUCUCCCCAAGAUCCUUCUGCAGGCCCUCUCUUGACUGAGGAAUUAAUCAAAGCUUUGCAGGAUCUGGAAAAUGCAGCAUCAGGGGAUGCUACUGUUCGACAGAAAAUUGCUUCCCUGCCCCAGGAAGUGCAAGAUGUGUCGCUGCUGGAAAAAAUUACAGACAAAGAGGCAGCUGAACGUCUUUCAAAAACAGUAGAUGAAGCAUGUCUGUUACUAGCGGAAUAUAACGGGCGCCUGGCAGCGGAACUGGAAGACCGGCGCCAGCUGGCUCGGAUGCUGGUGGAAUACACCCAGAACCAGAAAGAGGUUUUGUCAGAAAAAGAGAAAAAGCUAGAAGAGUAUAAACAGAAGCUUGCUCGAGUAACUCAGGUCCGCAAGGAACUCAAGUCCCACAUUCAGAGCUUGCCAGACCUCUCACUGUUGCCUAAUGUCACAGGAGGCCUGGCACCUCUGCCCUCUGCUGGUGACCUCUUUUCAACUGACUAGGACAGGUAUCAUGUCCCAGGUUCCCAUGUGUGCCAGAGAAAAGAAGCAAGUCACUGUUGGAGACAGUCCCCUGGCCCGGGCUCCAUCUCUUCAGCCAGCAUCUGCCUCAGCAAUGAAGCGGGAACUCUGACUUCACACUCUCCUCCGGCUCCCUCCUGAGCAUGGCUCAGAACUGUGCAGACGACCCAGUGUUUGCUAAGAACACAGACUCUCCCUCCCAUUCAUGUCUCUUGCCACUGCUGCUUUUCCAUCCUUAGCUCUCUUACGCCCAUAAGCCAUGAGAAUCAUGUGUACUUCUGGAAGCUUUCAGGAGAAGCUUGCCUCAAUGACCGCACGUCAUGGAAGUCUGAGCUGGCCUUGACCAGGUUCUGAACAGGCUCCCAGUGAGGAUUCAGGCUGCAGGGAUCCGGCUUUCCUGGCCACCCUCUGCUCACCAGGUCGGCAGCGCAGCUUUGCCACAAAGAGUUUGCCAAAUAGCUGACCUUUCCCGACCUAAACCACCUCUGUUAGAGAGCUGUUGUCAUGGUGACCUUUCCUGACCUAAAGCACCUCUGUUAGAGAGGUGUUGUCAUGGUGGGUAAGGUUGUUUUGCCAGCAUUCUAGAGAAUCCAACAAUAAGGCUGAUCUGAGACAAAGCCACAGCUCAGUACAGAGGGGCUUCUCACCACAGCCUUCCCGGCCACACACUUCCAGGGCCCCCUGGGGCUGGGAAGGGAGCUGUUGGGAUAGCAUGCCCAGCUGAUAAAUGCUCCACAGCUGGAGUCUGGGCUCACCCUGGAGCGUACAAUAACUAACGCCACCAUGUGGACACACAUCCAGUCUGCUGACUGAACCUGAGCAUCUCUACAGAUAGGACACUGAGCGUGCCAGGCAGCCCCUGCCGCUGUGCAGCCAUGCUCCCAUGCAGAGAGGAGAACUCAUACGAAGGACUCACCUCCAGCAGAGGAGGGGACUGGAGGGAGACUAAUUUGUGGUUUAAUUCCAUUAUCAUGCCAGCUGACAUUAUGACUGAAUGAUGUAGUUAAGAUUUUUACGUCGAGUGAAGAGUGGGCCCGGACCUGGAAGUGAUUGUAAUCUGGCUUAUUUUUGACAUUGGAAAGGGCAGGAUUCAUUUUGUCCUACUAGUGUAAUAGGAAUUGUCGCCUGGAGCUGAAGUCCAAAAGCCCUAAGAAGGAAUUCAGUAAAGGGGCCUUGGGAAGCUUCAUUACUUUACGUGCUGUUUUCAGGAUCACACAUACACACACACACACACACAAAAAAAAAAAAAAGCACACAUCUUUUUUACACGUUAAAGCAAACCUGUGUGUCACCAAGUAGUGAAGCCACCCACCUGCUGUGAGGUGAGACUCGGUUCCACUAUGUCCGGCCUGGUCUUUGUGGAAGCUGUUACUCACAUCAAAUGCAGGCUGCUGUUUGCUUGAUCACUCUGCCUUCUUUGUCCCAUCGUUUUCUCCAGAGGCUACAGGACAGCACUGACUCAGGUGAAAUCCCUGUCUCUGCUGUGGAACAACCCCCACACAGCACACCACUUUACUGUCACACGCAUACUCGCAUGCAACACCUCCCCAGACACACACUCACAUGCACACACCGCUCUUAGCACCUCCUCAGACAUUGCUUGCCCAUGAAACAGUCCAAAAGACAGGAGCAGCUCUGCUCUGAGGACCGCUCAGUAGACUCAGCUCAAGGCUGCUUUAUUCAUUGGAGUCUGACCAGCAACCAGUGUGCAGCUCUUACACAGGAUCAAGACGUGACCAGGAGCCAUUAUGUAAAUGAAUGUGUUGGCCUCUUAACACCUCUUGCUAGCAGACUUCCUGUGAGGAAGUUAGUUUUAAUGAAAUGCUUCAGUUUUUAAUUCUCCCAGUUGUGUGCCCCCCCCCCCAAACCC